AUGGCGCUGGUGGUGGGAGCUUCGGCGGCGACGAUGAAGUCGGUCAUGGGCAAGCUGGGCAGCCUCCUCGCCCAGGAGUACACCCUGAUUCGGGGGGUCAACGGCGACCUCCAGUACAUCAACGACGAGCUGGCCACCAUGCAGUCCUUCCUCCGCGACCUCGGCGGCAUCCUCGACGGGGACCGGGCCAAGGGCCACGCCCACCGGAUGAACGACUGGAUGAAGCAGAUCCGGGAAUCACCUACGACAUCGAGGAUUGCAUCGACGACUCCGGCCACCGCCUCCACGGCCUGCGCUCCGACAUGUGCUGCUACUUCUUCGCCAACAGCGUCUACGAGGUCCUCACCUGGUGGCCCCGCCGCGACGUCGCCGCCAAGAUCUCUGUUCUCAAGAUGCGGGCGCAGCAGAUCGGCGAGCGCCGGGAGAGGUAACAACCAGGACGCAAGCCUUCAGCUUGUCGCCAUGAAGGACCCGGUGGGAGUGGACGAACACAUGAAGGAGCUGGAAGAGUGGCUGACUAACGAGAAGAACAGCUCCGGCGUGCUGUAUGUUGUCGGAUUCGGAGGGGUUGGGAAGACCACCAUCGCCACUGCCUUGUACCAGAAAUUUGGGGACCGGUUCGACCACCGUGCGAUGGUCACCGUGUCUCAGAGCUCCGACAUUAAUGCUGUUUUGACCAACAAUAAGAAUCAAGUCAUGCCGCAGUCCAGCGACCAAGCGCAGCAAGGCGGCGAAGGCGUACUCGGUCGGCUCAAGCGAGGUACCUCGGCAUUUGCAGCCAAGUGCUGCUCCGCCGGCACCUCGAAGGAAACACGUGGUGAGACGAAGCUAGACCAAAUCAAGGAAGACCUCAAGAAGCACUUUGAUAACAACAGUUACUUGGUUUUGGUUGAUGAUGUUUGGUCUGCAGCAACGUGGGACCAGAUAUGA